AUGCGUUGUUGUGCACAUAUUCUUAAUCUCGUUGUGAGUGAUGGGUUGAAAGAAAUGGACGAUUCUACUGCCAACAUUAGACUUGCUUUGAGAUAUGUGAGGUCUUCUCCUCAUAGGCAUGAUGUUUUUAAGAAGUGUGCGGCCACACUCAAACUUGAUUUACAAGCUCUUGUAUGCCUAGAUGUACCAACUAGGUGGAACUCUACCUAUUUGAUGUUAGAGGCCGCCGAAAAGUAUGAGAAGGCUUUUAAUCGAUUGAAGUUUGUGGAUUCCAACUUUGAACCUUAUUUCAUUGAUGUUGAUGGUGGCAUAAGAAGAAGUCCGAAUGAGUUGGAUUGGAAAAAGUGUAGAAUUUUUUUGAGGUUUUUAAAAUUAUUUUAUGUUGCAACCAAGAAAUUUUCGGGGUUUCUCUUUGUUACUUCCAAUGCUUUUUACAAAGAGAUGUUUGUUAUUGAAAGCAAAAUUAACCAAUUAAUUUUGGAGGAGGAUGAUACUUUGAGCUCAAUGGCAAAGACUAUGAAGCUAAAGUUUAGCAAGUAUUGGGGGGAUGGAAGUAAAAUCAAUUUGUUGUUGUAUGUUGCGGUGGUUCUUGAUCCUACCAAAAAAAUGACAUAUUUGGAGUUUUGUUUUUCCAAUUUGUUUCUUGGAGAUAAUAGGAAGGUGGAAGAGAUGGUAGACAAGGUUAAGAGUUGCUUGAGUCGUUUGUAUAGCCAUUAUGUUACACUUUAUCCUUCACAUGAGAAACUUCCAAGUGUGAGUGAAGUUGUGAAUAUGGUGGAAGAUGAUGAUGAUGAUGAUCCCUAUUCUUUAGUUGACUCCCAAUUUAGUUCCUAUUUGGAGGGGCGAUGCACUAGUGGAUCUAAGUCGGAAUUGGAACAAUAUUUAUCCGAGGUUGAACAUUUUGCAAAGAAUCAAACAUUUGAGAUUUUGGAUUAUUGGAAGGUGAAUGCAACCAAAUAUAGGGUGUUAUCACAACUUGCUAGGGAUGUGUUGGCCAUGCCUAUUUCUACCGUUGCAUCGGAGUCGGCUUUUAGUACGGGAGGGCGUAUUCUUGACCCAUUUCGUAGUUCACUCUCACCUUCUAUGGUUGAAGCUCUUGUAUGUACUCAAAAUUGGCUUCGAAGCAACCUUCCAAUUUCUCUUCGAAAAGCGAUGGAUGAUGUGGAAGAAUUUGAGCAAUAUGACUCGGGUACUUUGGAAUCAAGCUCAUCUUCAACUUCAACCUAUAAUGUUGAUGCUAUAAUUGAUGUCUAA